AAAGCCCGGUAGUCUCGUCUCCCGCGGUGCAUUCUGGGAUUUUAUGUAAAACCAACAUGGCGGCCGCCUGUGCCAGAACGCUCUGUAAGGUCGGCUGGAAUAUUUUGGAGUCUCCAGCCGCCCGCCGGGCCGGUACCGGUUCGUACCCGGUGGGCAAUGUGAGCGCACACGGGUUCAGGAGGGCGUACGGGACCGGCGGGACCGGCGGGACCGGGGUCCGCGCCAAACUGCUCUCCUCUCUGCGAGGAGGUGGAGGCAGGGUCCUGGGCUGUGCGUUCCUGCUCGGUGGAGGUUUGGGUUUAUAUCAGACUGUGAAGUUCAAUGUCCAGCAGCACCUCGCCGAGGAGGAGACCAAGCUUACAGGAGGAGGUCUGAAGCUGACUCUGUACCAGUACAAGACCUGCCCGUUCUGCAGCAAGGUGCGAGCCUUUCUGGACUACCACGGGCUGCCGUAUGAGAUCGUGGAGGUGAACCCGGUGAUGAGGAAGGAGUUAAAGUGGUCGGUCUACAGAAAAGUUCCCAUCCUGAUGGUGGACGGUGAAGUGCAACUGAAUGACUCGUCUGUCAUCAUCAGCUCCCUCAAGACAUAUUUAAUCAGCAAGGAGAAAAGCAUGUCUGACAUUAUUUGCUGCUACCCGGAGAUGAAGUCGGUGAAUGACAGAGGGAAGGAGGUGACGGAGUACACCAACAAGUACUGGUUGAUGCUGAGCGAGGCCGAGACCGCGGUGGCGUACCCCGAGAAGGGAAUGCAGAAAGAGGAGAUGAAGUGGCGUCAGUGGGCAGACGAUUGGCUUGUGCAUCUUAUAUCUCCCAACGUGUACCGAACUACCGGUGAGGCCUUGGCCUCCUUCGACUACAUUGUACGCGAGGGCAAGUUUGGUACUUUCGAAGGUUUCUUUGCCAAAUAUGUCGGCGCUGCGGCCAUGUUUCUCAUCUCCAAAAGGCUCAAAAGUCGACACAACUUGCAGGACGACGUCAGGCAGGAUCUCUACAAGGCCGUCAACGACUGGGUGGCAGCCAUCGGCAAGAAAAGGAAGUUCAUGGGGGGAGAACAUCCCAACCUGGCAGACCUGGCAGUGUUUGGCGUCCUCAGAGUGAUGGAGGGCCUGCAGGCGUUUGACGACAUGAUGGAGAACACCAAGGUCAAAUACUGGUACAGACGCAUGGAGAGAGCAUCGCUCAAUCACGAGGGCCGCAACUGAAGCCGAAGCCAGUCGAACAGCUGAAGGAGACCACAGAACACCUUCCAGCCUCAGAAAGACAGUAAACCGGCAGAAAGACGGUGACCAGCAUCAGCAAGCAAGAAGUUCCUGCUAUGAUUGUGGAAAUUACUACUGCCCUGAUUGAUUUCCUGCCCUUGAGUUUAAAGCCUGUUGAUUUGUAUGAAUAAGUUAACUGGAGACAUAUAUGAAGAUAAAGAGAUCGCACACAUUAACAUACUGUCACCAGAUAUUUUACCAUCAACUCUUCUGUUCAUUUAAGGUCAUUUUACUGACCUUUACUGGUGAACUGUGGGAACUGCGACAUAAAUCAACAUACUGUUUUAGUAAUAUUGAGUCAAACUUUCGCAAUGCAAACAAAACGAAAACAAAAGAAGUUUGCAGAUCUUUGAUGCAGCAAUUCUGUCAAUUUCCUGCAAAUAUGUUUUUGUUUUUUGUUGUGGGGAGGUGAAAGUAUCACAUGUUGACCCUUUCAUAGUUGGACAGUUGGAAGUCUGGAAAUUCCACAUUUCCAGGCCCUGAAUGGUGUCACAAAACGUCAGAAAAAUGCUUACGUUAUUUUUCACUCUUCACCAUGACUAAAACGUUUAGCUGCUUGUAUUUCACAUCAAGUACUGUAGUUCUUUGUUAACGUGGUCUUUUCCUUCUCAACCAAACAUUUUGGGCCCCCGCAAGGACUCAAGUUUAAAACAAAACAUUUUUUAUUUCUUCAGGUUUUGCUCCAAUUUUUGCCCAUUUUCUCUCAUAAAUAUUGAAGUUUUAGCCCUCAAUUAUGGAAGUCAAGUACGCAUCACUUAGUUUUAAGUGAUCAAAAAUGUUGAGAUUUUGUUCUAGUUGACUUUCAGAAAACUUUAUUAUUUAAUUUGAUUUUAUAGGCAGACACGUUGUUACCCUUCAGAUUAUUGCAGCUUUGUCUGGGAAAAAGUUUAUUUUGAUUUUCUUCUCGGUUCAGCAGUUUUCUGUGUAUGCAGGCACCAUGAGAUCAGGUUAUCUUAUUUAUUUCAGAUGAUAGUUUUUGUGUAACUGAUGCAGGAUCAGUCUGGUCGAUCGGAUUGGUGUUCUCUUUGUAGUAAAAUAAAAUGGUAAGAACUGG